CGAGAGCUUUCGAGUAGUGAGGACCUACGCAGCGCGUGUGUCAGUUCAGUGAAGUGUUGUUACGAAUCGUUCAAACUGUACGCGCACCGGGAAGAGGAUAUGUUGACGAUGGAGGCGGACCUGAAGGGCGGCCACAUGCCGCCGCAUCACCACGGACACCCCGUAUCAACCUACAGUGCCCUGGGCAGCAUCGUCCACAGCCAGGCACUCUCUGGCAACGUGAUGGGACUGAGUCAACCGCCUCAGCAGAUGCACCACCAGCCACCGCCUUCACACCAGCAACCACAGCACCACCACGGGCCUCCGCCGCCCAACAACAACAACAACAGCAGCAAGAGCCAGAACAUCGACCGCGUCAAGAGACCGAUGAACGCGUUCAUGGUGUGGUCCAGAGGUCAGCGUCGCAAGAUGGCUCAGGAGAAUCCCAAGAUGCACAACUCCGAGAUAUCCAAGAGACUGGGUGCCGAGUGGAAGCUACUGAGUGAGAGCGAGAAGAGGCCGUUCAUCGACGAGGCUAAAAGACUGCGUGCCGUGCACAUGAAGGAACACCCGGACUACAAGUACCGACCCAGGAGGAAAACGAAGACGCUGUUAAAGAAGGACAAAUACCCCCUAGCUACCGGAGGACUGAUGCCUAACUCACAAGAUCUGUCGAGAAACCCCGGUGGAGGAGUGGGCGGCCAGCAAGUAGUGGGCAGAGACGUCUACCAGCAGAUGACCAACGGAUACAUGCCCAACGGCUACAUGAUGCACGACCCGUCAGCCUACCAGCAACACUCGUACAGCAGUCACAUGGCCGGUGGAUACCCCAGGUACGACAUGAGCCAGAUGCACCCCAACUCUGCCUCCCUCAACUACAUGAACGGCGCCAGCUACGGCAUGUACGGCAGCACGGCGGGAUCAGUACCUACAGGAGCCGGCUCACCGUACCACAGCAUGCAGCAGACGGGGUCUCACAGCCCCAGUGGGUCCAGCAUCAAGUCUGAGCCUGUGUCACCGUCGUCGGGAGGACUACAUACUCCGACACCCGUGAAUACCAUCAAGCGGGAGUACACCACCACGACGACCGCCAACUCCGGGGACCUGCGACAGAUGAUCUCCAUGUACCUGCCGGACCCUACCGUGGACCAGCAGAGGCUACAACCCAUGCAUCCCCAGUACCACCCGCACUCCGGAUCCCCCGACCCUCUGGGCACCUCCACCAUGCCUCUAACGCACAUGUAGGGCACGGACCAGCCGCUGUACGACUGUCGCUACCACAGAGACGAUCGUACGACGCACUUCGACUUGUGAUGUGCUGCUAGACAGUGAUGUUCUCCUGUGCCAAUCGUGUAAAUACGAGUUUUGUACGCGGUAUCCGGACGAUACGACCCGGUCUGUAUAUAAGUCUAGGAUAGUUUUACGUAGAGGCCUAUCGCGUUGUCGUUUGAUUCGUUGUAAAUAUAGUUUUAUUUUGGCGGUCCCAGUUUGUAGCAUAAGCACGCAUUUCUCUUGUUGUGUAAUUUAUGUUUUCACCGUAUUGUUAGCCAUUCUUUUGUCGGGCAUUUUCAGACGUGUUGGUAUCACGAAUCGCACAACUUUCCGAUGUGACUGAGAUUUGGUAAGUUACCAGUUCUUUCUAUAUUAACGUACUGUAAUAAUACAAUUUUUCACCCUUCUAAUGAAGGUUUCACUGCCUGCUUAUGCUGUUUUUAAACGUUUUGAUUAUUUACAUUUCUGUUCUAUAUUUUUAUCAAUUAUUAAGAAAUUUAAGUUUUCUGCAUCAAUACAAGGUAAAAUACUGUGAAAGGAUUGUUGUUAGUUAAUUGGUUAAUGUUUUGUUUAAUUGACGUUUAAAAUUCCAAAAGAUCGCGUGAAUUUGUUAAGUUUGUAUUAAGUAAUUUCUACUAUGUAAAUUGUUGUUUUAAGUGCUCAAAACAUUCUAAGUGUUUUACUGUACAUAUAAAAGGAUUUAGCUCUGGAAGCUAAAUUUAAGAUUGUGAUAAAGAUAGUUUAUGUCCGUUUUUGUAAUAAGAUUUUUUUAUCAACCGGAAUGUUUUGAUGAAUUUAUUUAUUUUGGUUGGAUAAGCAUAACGUUUGUUUGCAGUUUGUGUCCUAAAAAUUGCCUUCAAAGUUCUUUAAGGAGACAAUUUUUUUUAUUUAUUAGCUGGGCCAACAUUUCACUUGAGUUGUGAAUAUUGCAGAUCAUUGACUGUUUUUAGUAAAACAAAUGACAAGAUUGUUGUGCAGGACAUUUCAUUCUACGAGUCAGUGAUUAUAACACAUUUUUAUUGAGGUGCCUUAAACAGAAAAAAAUACAAUUACUUGAUAAAAAUGAAUAGGUUGUUUGUAGGUUUGUUGUCUUUAGUGCUUUAUUUAGAUUAUUGUGUUCCACAUUUUAUGUUAAGUUAUCUCAAUUCUCUCAUACUUGACAACUUUCCCUUGUGUUACAUAUUACAACCAGUUAUUGUGAAUAAUAUAAUAACCUGAUUAGCGUAAUUUGUGUAGAACUUCCAUGAUCGUGAUUUUUCUCAAAGUUUUAUUUGUCCUAAACUGCCGAGUUGUGGGACCGUCCUGAAGCUAGAUGCGGGCGUUCGGGGAUUCUCCUCAAGUUGUAGGCCUAAUGUUUUCUUUGCACCGGAGUGUAGCUUUUAAGUUGCUAUGAUUUUUGGCAUGUCAAAACACGAUAAAUAUAUUCAGUAGAGGCCUGCAUUUUAACAGCAUUCAUGAUAGUUAUUAUUUUGCCAUCAACAACCCAACAAUUAAAUUGCCUAAACAAUUAUUUUGCCUCGCACCCACCUUAAUCUCUAAUUGUCAUAUUUCGCUUCAUAGACGAAAUACGAAUGUUUCUACCCUUAAGUAUUCGAGUGUGCGGUACCUUUUGGUCGUAAAGUUGUAUGUCAGUAUUACAUGCGUUAACGGUUGCUUAGCGACAUAAAUUCAACCGUGUUUUGUAAAUAUUGCUACUGUUAAUGAACCUAAAUGAUGAUAUUUAUCCGCUGGUACCACCAUCAGAGAAAAUUGGCGUUUUAUAAAUUAUUGUACAUUUAUUGUUGAAUGUAGGUACACCCCUUGCGGAAUGUUUUUUUUUUUGUUCAUCAAUCCAUCUGACUAGCGUUUACCAUCCUAUUAUUUUUUACGCUGGCGUAAAUAUAAUUUUGGUUUAGUAAUAAGAUGUGAUUGGUGAUUCCUAGUUGUUUGCUAGUCUGUAUCGUGACAUGUUCGACAACAUGUUCAGUUUCCGGACGGCCGGACAUCGCUGCGCCGCUCGAUAACAAUCUCGCCACCGGUUUUGAGUUUUGGUUCCCACAACCGGUUUUCGUACCGCCCGGGUGCCCUUCCCUUGCCAUGCCAUAUUUAUUUAUGGUCCUUCGAAACGGUUUCUGGAAUUUUCAACUCUCCCUUUUUAAGUAGGGACAGUUUACGGUCCUAAAUAUUGCCCCGGAGAGUGUCAGUGAAUUCGUAAACUGUCGCGACUGGGGAGCAUUUACGGUUGUAAUAGGCGUUGUCAUGCUUCAGAUAUUUUGUUCUAUGUAGUGGAAUUUUUUAAUUUAUUCAAAAUCGCAGCCAACAAAUUGCAAAUUUUAGCAGAUUGAGCUGGGUUGAAUUGAUUUAUUAGCGCAGUGCUUUGAGAUUUUGAUUUAAAAGAUUUUAUUGCUGUGGGAUUACUAUAAUGCUUGUUAUUUGUGUGGAGGGAUUUAUUUUAUGUACAACUUGUACAAUUUUGAAGUAUAUUUUGUAGACGUUUAUAUUUUAAAGUAUGUAUCCGUUACGUGUGUGAACCAAGAAAGGUCCUUGUCCAGUAUGGGAGAAUGUAUUUUAUAGCUUAUUUUUUAUAAUUAAUUUUAUACUGUAUACAUUUCAAACUACUAUUAACCAGUUGAUUUGUUAGCCCAGCUGAAAAAUGGCCUCUAGCCUAAGUUGUAUACGAAUGUUCUGUUUAUCUUCUUUUUACUGUUGUACAGUAAUUGUACAGUUUACCGCCAUUUCUCUGAUGUACAAAUUUCAAUUUCUAAGCUUCAUUGUACAGUGAGUGUUACAUAGUCGAUGGAAUGUGAAUAUAAUAUAA